AUGCAGGGAAUUCGCCGCUACGCUGCGCACGCGUCUGAGGGCGCGCCACCAGACCGAAGUCUGGACGGCUCGGCGUAUGCAGGCCACACGUCAUGCCCAGAUCUGUUCCAAAUAUCGCGCGCGGCCCGGCUGUUCUCCGCGGGCGCGCGGUAUGGUACUGUGCUACAGAACGUGCGGGCGGCGUCCCUUAUUUCCGAGUUGGCGAGCAGUCUAAAAGCUGCCGCGGCCGGCGAAUUUAACGGGGGGCGGUGGCGGGGGCAGCCUGGGCAGCUGCAAGCAAUGGUUGCAGUGUACGCGUACCCCGAUACCGACGCGCUAGCACAGGAUCUAGGCGAGUACAUCGUCGCGCAGCAGGACGCGGCGUUGGCCGCGCACGGGCAGUUCGCGGUGGCAGUCAGCGGCGGCUCGCUGGUGGGCGUGCUGGCGGCGGCGCUGCUGCACGGCCCCGCGGCCGCGCGCGUGCGGUGGGCGCAGUGGCACGUGUUCUUCUGUGACGAGCGGCUGGUGCCGCUGGAGCACGCGGAGUCGAACUACCACGCCCUGCGCACGCAGCUGCUGGACCCGCUGGCGGCGGCGGGCGCGCUGGGACCGGUGGUGCACUCGUUCAACGAGGCGCUGCUGGGCCAGGGCGCGAACGAGCGGAUCGCGGAGGCGUACGAGGCCCAAUUGCCGGCGGCGCUGGACCUCGCGCUGCUGGGCGCAGGCCCGGACGGGCACACGGCGUCGCUGUUCCCCGGCCCCGCGCACGCGUGGAUGCUGGACGAGCGCCGCGCCCGCGUGCUGUGGUGCCGCGACUCGCCCAAGCCGCCCGCGGACCGCAUCACGCUGACGCUGCCCGCGCUGGAGGCCGCGGCCGCGGUCGCGUUCGUCGCCGAGGGCACGGCGAAGCGCCCGGUGCUCGAGCGCGCGCUGGUGCGCCGCGACCCCGCGCUUCCGUGCGCUGUUGUGACGGCCCGCUGCGCCCGCGUCGCCUGGUUCACCACCGCAGCCACGGUCCAAGACCUGCCGCUGCAGACCGCCGCCUACUGCGCCUCAUCUAGAACCUGA